AUGGAAUCCAAACAACCAUUACCAGUUUUCUCCCAAUCGAUAACACCCCGCAUCAUCAUCCAUGGCGGUGCAGGUAAUAUUCUCCCAGCGAACCUUCCACCGGCGAAGUAUAAGUUAUAUCACGACUCACUCCUUCGCAUCAUUUCCAACACUCACUAUUUCCUCACGUCGCCAUCCUCCUUUCCUCUCCACAAAACGUCUUCUUCUACCACUACAGCUCUCGAUGCUGUCACCUAUGCAGUUACUCAAUUGGAAGACAAUCCUUUGUUCAACAGUGGCCAUGGUGCAGUUUUCACUCGCGAUGGAAUUAAUGAACUGGAGGCAUCGAUAAUGGUUUCAAGUGGGAAGAAGAAGAGAGGAGUAGGACUUAUGGGACUACAACAUGUCAAGAAUCCAAUAAAGCUUGCGCGCGAGAUGUUGAUACGAGGAGAACAAGACUUGGAGGGUGGAAAUGGUGAACAUCGAGGGCCGAUGAGUGUUGAAGAGGACGCAUUUAGGCAAAGCCACGGAGCACAAGGACAUUCACAGCUGCACAAAUAUUCCGCCGAAAAAUUGGCAAAAGAAUGGGGAUUGGAGCUUGUAGAUGAGAAAUACUUUUUUGUACAAGCAAGAUGGGAUGAACAUAUAUCAGGGUUAAAGAAGGAGAAGGAUGAAAAUGGAAAUGCAUCUUGGGAUGCCCAAGAAUUUAUACCACAAGGAACUUGUGGUGCUGUGUGUCUUGAUGCGGAUGGGGUGCUGUGUGUAGGUACUAGUACUGGAGGCAUGACAAAUAAAUUGACAGGAAGAAUUGGGGACACGCCAACGCUUGGUGCUGGUUUUUGGGCAGAGGAGUGGGAGGACACAUCGGCGCACGAUGACAUGCAUCGACUUCAACAAAUCCGUCGAAGAAUGUACAAUCAACGGCCAAUAAUUGCCUUAGGUGAUCAGCUGAAAGGGAUUUUGGCAGAUUGUUUUCCAGGCUUGAGUUUAAGAUCGUACAAUCUAAUCCACCAAGAAGCGCUGGAAGAUGAAGCUAUGAUGUCCAGGAAACAUAUGAGGGCCACCGCUAUGUCGGGUACUGGAAAUGGUGAUUCUUUCCUUCGCCUUGCAGCUGCAAGAAGUGCAUCGGCAAUUGCUCGAUAUCGUCCCGAUACUUCCCUUCAAGCCGCUAUCACAGAAGUAACUGGCCCCGGUGGAGAUCUAGUGAAAUCUGCAGGAGACCGAUGGAAGAAGACGGGUGAAGGUGAAGGAGGUAUUAUUGGAAUUGAAUUACACGUUGUAGUUGACAAACUUGGCCGGAAGAGAGAUGCAGUGAGUCAUGUCGUUGCUGAUUACAAUUGUGGGGGUAUGUUCCGCGCCGUUAUCAAUGAAAAUGGAAAAGCUGUAAUGAGAGUCUGGAGACCUGGACAGUAUGAUGGCUUGGACAUAUAUGCAGGUGAGGGGAGAGAGUAUGACGUCGCUGAUUGGAUUGACGCCAAAUAA